UUCUUCUCCAUCCUCCCAAAUUUCGUCCCAAAAAAUUUAGAAACCCUAUAAAUCUUCAAUCUGGCAUUCCGUGUUAGUCCCUCCGAUGACGUUGAACUGGCCGCCGUUGACUUUCCAACUCAAUCACUAUGCAGUCUCCGAGAUGAAGCGGUCAAGACUGGAGCGAGGAGGCCGGCCGUCACUCCUUCGAAGUUGCUGGACCAGCUCGCCGUCGGUGUCCAGUUCUCUCAGUUUCGCCGGCAUACAAAACAGGCUUUGGAGGCAGCGGCAGGCUUUCCAAGUCGCCUUCAAGCAUCUCCACCACUUUGUUCAUCGGAGGACGGUUGGCGGGAUUGGUCUGGAUGCACCACAGUCCUACAAUCACCAUCUUCUUGGCAAUGUCGUCUUCCUCUUCCGUGACUUCUCCAACUGCAAUCGGAGUUCCGGGCGUUGACACCUCGUUGUGAACCCAUGAGGGGAAGUAAACGCUCGAAUGAUCCGUCGCUGCAUUCUGAUUCCUCCUUUUACCUGUCAUUUCCAGGAUCAGCAUCCCAAAGCUGUAUACAUCGGCUUUGUAAGACACUGUUCCAAUGUUCUUAUAGAACAUCUCGGGUGCCAUGUACCCAAUGGUCCCUCUUGCUGCUGUCAUAGUGGCGAUGCUGUGAUCGCCACCAGGCUGAUUCAACUGAGCCAAUCCAAAAUUGGAUAUCUUAGGGUUGAAGCUUUGGUCGAGGAGGAUGUUGUGGGGCUUGAUGUCGAAAUGCAGUAUCUGCAUUGUGCAGCCGCGGUGCAGGUACUCGAUCCCAUGGGCCACUCCGAGGGAGAUAUGGUACAAUUGUUCCAAGCUCAAAGAACUUUGCUUGUGGUGAAAGAUGUGCUUGUCGAGUGAACCAUUUGGCAUGAACUCAUAGACAAGAGCUCGCUUUGGUCCUUCGGAACAGUAGCCAAUCAGCCUCACCACAUUGGCAUGGUGGAUCCUACCAAUGGUAGCAACCUCACUCAUGAAGUCUUGACCACCACUUCCUCCUCCAGCUGUGGACAACUUCUUGGUCCCAAGUAUCUUCACAGCUGCAAAGCUGCCACCACGUAGCUUUGCUUUGUAGACGGAGCCAAACCCACCUUCACCUAGCUUGUCCUUGAAUCCUUCGGUGACUUUCUUGAUGUCUGAGUAAGAGUACCUGAUUGGCAUGAGGGUUUGGUUCUGGAGGAACUCCUCAAUGUUAUAAUAUGCUGAUUGAUGCCUCCUUCGCCAUUUGUAUAUCAGAAAUAUAAUCACAAGAGGGAUUCCAGUGACACGGGUGAAUGCUACAACUAGUGCCACUGUAGAGUAUGCAUAUAAAUAGUCAGUCUUGGAGCUGAUGAAUGUAGAUGGGAAGGGAAAGAAUUGACACGAAGCUGUCAAAUAAUAAGGAAGUUGAGAGAAGCAUUACCAAGGGCAAUCAGCCAAGGCCCAUAGAAUGCUGCAAAAAAUAAAAAGAGAGGCGAAGGAGGAGCAUCACAAAGUGCUUACACUAGAAAGUAAUACUCGAGAGUAAGCAAGGGCCUUAAAUAGAAAUACUCUGACACAGGAUGGAGGCAGGGAUGUCUCACAUGUGUAUAUGAAAAUAUAGUCUUGUAGUCCUACAUGAAGAAAGAAAGGCACUCGAAACAUUAGUCUGAGAUGAAAGGAGCAUAAUAAUUGUGUAGGGGAAAGAAAAAGAAGAGCAAAGACAACUGAUGAUUGUUGGAUAUGUGAUGAUAUUUACCAUUAUUACAGUGAAAUAUGCCAAACUUGAGAGGGUAGCAAUGGGAUGGGCGACGGCAGUGGGGGCAGGAAUACUCCUGCCAUGAAAGCUCAAAACCAUAUUCAAGCUGCUGGUGAACCUCUUGAAAUGUAACCUGGUAAUUCUUCUUCUUGGUCUUUGGUAGCAUAGCCACCAUCACCACUGUGCAUGUCUCUGCCAAAUCUGAUGCAACCACAGCAUUCCCAACAAGCGCAUAACUUGAAGAGUUCUUCGAUCCGAUGUUGAUGCAAGAAGCUGUUUGCAGAUACAGUGGAGAAUAUACAGCAUUAUCGCAGCUCACCAGAACCAAAGCUUCAUUCAAGGAUUCUUCUCCAAUCAUGAAUAAUAGCAUCUUUCUCAAAUGGGUGGCGGAGUAUGGGUGAGAAGUUAAGCUGCUCUCAGACAGGGGGUGAGUGGGCAAGGAGGAGCAGUUGUUUCCAAUCACACCAUCAUCCACCAACCGGAUCGUCAAGUUGUUAUAAUCAAUUGCCUGUACAUAGUAUCUUGCCGAUCCCAGGAGGAAGCUACACAGUCCACCUGGCCAUCAGUAGCUCGACAAGCUUGGAGCAGCAGCAAAAUGAAUAAUGGUGAGAUGAUUAGUCGAGCUGCAGCAAUGUGAAGGAGGAGGGGAAGCCUUACUGUGAACAUGACUACCUGCAUAAAGCCAUAAACCAAUCCAAGAGUUACUUUUGGAGGUCGGAUCAGCCAAAUUUCCCACCAAGGAGCUUUAGCUCUUUUUAAUUGUUAACAAAGGAUGGUGGUGUUUCCCACUUCCUAUGUUAGUGAGAGAAGAAACCCAAGGAAAGAAAGAAAAAAGAAUUGCCCCGUAAUGUCACAUUUCUCAAACUAGAGUUUCCUUUGGGUUGAUUUCAUCAAUGGAUUUUUGGAAUUAAGUAUUGUCAUUAUUGGACUUGAUGUUGUCCAUGAAACAUUGGUUGAAGUACCUGUUGUUGAUAAAGGCGAGUCGAGGAAUUUCGGAGGCAACGUUGGUGGAGCUAGGUAAGAGAUGAUCACAGAGGCAAAUCAUGGAGCUGCAACAGCAAAAUUCUACAGCACCUGCAGAACCACAACAAGCUGUGGCAAUGAUACAGCCAUUGACAUCAGGUUCCCGUUCACCAUCAAGGACAAGCGUUCAUCUGGGUACGAGGGAUAUCCUGGGUUCGAGCUUUUUUGCAGCACUGAAACCAACCAAACACUGCUUCAUCUGCCAAACUCGGUCAACUUCAUCGUCCAAAGGAUUGACUAUGAAUCUCAACGAAUUUAUCUGAGAAGCCCAGAUGGGUGUCUUCCCAGACAACUCCGAGACCUUGAACUGUCUGCCUCACCGUUCAAAAUGGGUGAGGUAAUCUCUAUUCACACGUUCUUCAAUUGUUCCAAGCUCCCACAUGAUAUGCCUAGCUCUUUAUCGCCAGAGCCUUGCCUUGGCCAUGGGGUCUAUUCCUACUAUUCAAAACUCAGCCUAGAUGACGUUGAAUUGGUGUCUUGUAAAAAGAUGUACAACCUUCCAGUAACAGGCCUAGAUGAUCCUUAUUUGAGCUGGUCUGAACCAGGAUGCCGCAAAUGUUACAAGGUAAAAAGGGAAUGCUGUGUGUUGAAGCAGGGCAAACUGAAACCAGAAGUUGAGUGCUCUGGAGAUGCUAAUCGCAGUAAAGUUCUGGCCUUGAAGAAGGGACGGAUAGCUGGGGUUACUCUGGGUUCAGUCUCCAUUGCGGUAUUGGUCAUUGCACUUCACCGUGCAUACAAUUAUAGUCGGAGGGAAAAGGAAUACCGGUCAAAGGUUGAGGAGUUCUUGGACGAUUACAAGGCUGUCAAGCCUACACGCUUCUCUUACGCCGACAUUAAGCGAAUCACCAACCAGUUCACUGUUGAACUAGGUCGAGGUACUUAUGGAACAGUGUUCAAAGGGAAGCUAUCCAAUGAAAUCGAAGUAGCUGUCAAGGUACUUGGCAUCAACAGUAGCAUCUCCAAAGGAAAUGGAGAGGACUUUGUGAAUGAAGUGGGAGCAAUGGCCGGAAUCCACCAUGUCAAUGUGGUUAGGUUGGUCGGAUUCUGUGCCGAUGGGUUCAGGAGAGCUUUAGUGUAUGAGUACUUACCAAAUGAUUCACUACAGAAGUACAUCUCUUACAAGGGGAAUCAACAUUCCAGCUUUGGGUUGAAGAAGCUCCAAGAAAUUGCUAUCGGAGUAGCCAAAGGGAUCGAGUAUCUUCACCACGGAUGUCACCAGAGGAUCCUGCAUUUCGACAUCAAGCCUUGCAACAUCCUCCUCGACCAGGACUUCACCCCGAAGAUAUCAGAUUUCGGCCUGGCCAAGCUGUGUGCUAAGGAUCAGAGCGCCAUAUCCAUGACAACAGCCAGAGGGACCAUCGGCUACAUUGCCCCGGAAGUCUUCUCAAGGAACUUUGGGAAUGUUUCACACAAGGCCGAUGUGUACAGCUUCGGGAUGCUGUUGCUGGAAAUUGUUGGAGGCAGGAAUAAUGUUGAUGUCACUACAACAGAUGGUACUGCCAAUCAGAUAUACUUUCCAGAGUGGAUCUAUAGCCUUUUUCGCAGGUCGAAGGAAGAACUAAGGUUUGAUAUCGAGGAGGAUGAGGAAGAUGGCAAGAUCAGGAAGAAGAUGGCAAUAGCAGGGCUGUGGUGCAUUCAGUGGAACCCAGUUGAUCGACCGCCAAUGAAGCUUGUGGUACAAAUGCUUGAAGGGGAAGUGGACCUUUUGAAACCACCUCCUAAUCCUGUUAGCUCCAAUCCUGAUGGUGGUGGUGUGAGUGUGACAAGAACUGCAGCUAUGAUGAAGUCGAAGCCAUUGCAGGAUUUGGAGAUCAUACCAGAAAUAGACUUUCGGCUCCGUCUUUGUUCCGCCGGCGACGGUGAAUCGAUCGCCGUUGAAUCCAUCUCAAUCCCUCUGCACUUUCCGCCGCACAAAACGAAGAAGCGGUGGCGGGACUUUUUCCAUUUGGACUCCAGCCAUCCCGCCGUCUUUCGUUCAAAGGUGGCCGCCCGCCGUCGCCGCGAGCUCAAACGGCUCGCUUCAGUUGGGUGGCUGAACACUGAUGCGAUGUCACUUGCUUUCAUCUCUAGCAUACAAAACUUGUGGCCUUUGUCGGUGCUCAAAUUCAAUGAUCUAAGAGCUUCUGAUGCUUUGGUCAAGGAGCUUUGUAUACCCGAAGGCACAAAAAGAUUUGUUUAUGCUGUCCGUGAUCCCAAGUCAGAUUCUGUUAUUUACAUUCUUUCUGUGCAGAAUUUGUCCGAACGAUCAGCUGCAGAUGUCGAGUGCCUUAUUAGGGAGGUCCGGCCUGAAGCUGUUAUCUCUCAGGUUGGGGAUCCAACUGUCCUUGAAACUCUUCUAGAAGAGAAUCAGUUGGCAGCUAACAAUGGUGAUUUGGUCCCCACUUCAUCAUUUGGUGUACUUAAACAAUGUUUCAUUCAGAAGAUCAAUAAGGAGAAGUAUGAAAGCAUAGCAGGCAACUUAGUGUUGAGGGAAAUAUUUGGGGUUGGUUUUCAUGCCCACAUUUGGACUGCCAAUAAGACUGCCAAAGAGAUUGGUUCAUCAUUCUUUGUACUUGAGGCACCCUGCACAAGAAACCUCACCAUGGCGGAUCCUACUCACGAAGCUGACAAACCAGGCACGGUUGAACGACUGGUCAGCAGCUUGAUCCCUCACCAGGCAGCUUCAAUUGUCUCCUCGAGUCCAAAAAGAUUACCCCUUUCUGAUGUCCAGUCGAAGAUGGUAAUGCUAUUGCGUUCCAACAUGGAUGCAGCUCUACCAAAGACAGGCUCUUCUGUUUCAGUGUCGAAAGGAAUCGAGCCAGAAACCACUUUCCUGGUGCCAGCAUUUGCUCAAUCCAUAUACCCAUUGCUUCUUGACCUGCAUAACAUAUUCAUGGAUCUCCCAUCAGUUGGAAAGGCGUUGAACUGUUCACAGAAGAUGCUUUAUGAUAUCAAUAGAGGGGAAAGUAUGGACACUCAAAUCGUAUCUGAAGUCUGCACCUUCCGGAUAGCCGUUGAAGGAUUAAGAAUUGCCCUAAACAAUGCUGGUCGUUUACCAAUGGGAAAAUUGAGGCAGCCUGAGAAAUCAAACUCCAACUUCUCAGAUCUCCCAGUUGAAGAGAAGUCUCAAGCACUCCUUGCUCAUGCUCUACAAAGCCAGAGUGAGAAAUUCAAGACCAUAGUAGCUGUAAUAGACGCCAGUUCCUUGGCCGGUCUCAGAAAACACUGGAACACUCCAUUACCUCUUGAAAUCAAAGGCCUAAUCGGACAACUCAUCACGGAUUGUAACUCUCGAGGGGAAGCUUCGAACCAGGAGGAUGACAACAAGAGAUGGUGGCUAUUCCCCAACAAACCGGUGGUAGCAGUUGGCGCUGGGGCGACAGCUGUUGUUGGAGUCUCGUCUCUUUCCAAAGUGGUCCCUGCAUCGACAUUCAUGAAGGUCGUGAGUUUCAAGUUCCCUGCUUCACUCAAGCUCGUGCUUACCCAAACCCAGAAGGUAAUGUCGUUCGGUUUGACCAAGAGCGGGCCAACCAAGGCAGCUGUCUCUGCCGAGAAGAUCCGAACAGUGGCCCAUGGGAUCAUAACCUCCGUCGAGAAGACCAGCGUUUCAGCCAUGAGAACGGCUUUCUACGAGAUAAUGAGGAAACGAAGAGUCAGGCCUAUCGGGUUCCUGCCUUGGGCUACAUUCGGAGGGAGCAUCAUGACCCUUUCUGGGUUGCUCAUGUGUGGAGAUGGGAUUGAAUGUGUUGCUGAAUCUUUCCCUUCGGCUCGUUCAAUUGCCAGCUUGGGACGUGGGAUUCGGAGCUUGAGGGAGGCAUCCCAGCAAGUGAGGGAGAGUGAUGGAGUUAGAAUACAGAGAUCUAUUGAGUCUUUGAUGUACAGACUGAAGAAAGUGACAGUACAAUAA